AUGGCCUCAAAAUACAACCAGCCAUGCUUUGCUCUGAACUACGAGUGGCAGAAUGAAGUCACCACUCUCAAGUCUGCAGAAGAUGGUAGCAACCUGGGUCCACCUCCCGAUGGAGGUAUCAAAGCUUGGCUUGUCGCAGCCGGAGCAGCUUGCAUCUUUUUUUCGACUCUUGGAUUCGCAAAUUCAUUCGGUGUCUUCGUGGAGUAUUAUCUCUCCCACCAACUGCGAGGCCAGUCGGCAGACAAAGUGGCCUGGAUCGGAUCCGUCGCUGUUUUCGUGCAGUUCGCGGCAGGCGCGGUUGGUGGCCCUCUUUUUGACCGUUACGGCGCUUGGGUUAUUCGACCCUCCAUGUUCUUCCUGGUGUUCGCCAUCAUGAUGACUAGCCUUUGUGCCCAGUACUGGCAGUUCAUGUUGGCCCAGGGUAUUCUACUUGGCAUCUCCAUGGGGUUCUUGCAGUUCCCAGCAAUGGCUGCAGUCACGCAAUACUUUGAUAAGAAGGCUGGCGCAGCACUUGGCCUGGUAAUCUCCGGCUCCUCCAUCGGCGGUGUUGUCAUCCCAAUCGCGCUCUCAAAAAUGCUGAACAGUACCAAUCUGGGGUUCGGAUGGUCCAUUCGCAUCAUUGGCUUCCUCCUUAUUCCAUUGCUGGCUUUCUCUUGCAUCACUGUGAGGAGUCGUCUUCCCGCUCGUCAAUCGGCUUUCCUUCUUCCUGGCGCCUUCAAAGACCGCACAUACUGCAUGCUCAUCGCGGCGCUGUUCUUCAUGUUCAUCGGCAUGUUCCCGCCACUCUUUUACAUACCCACCUACGCCGUGGAGCGUGGCAUGGAUGCAACCUUAGCAUCUUACCUACUUGCUAUUGUCAACGGAGCGUCGACCUUUGGUCGAGUCGUGCCCGGAGUCCUCGCCGACAAAUUUGGAAGAAUCAACGUCUUCAUGUUCGGGGGAAUAGCUUCUGGUGUCGUUGUCUGCUGCAUGAAUGAAGCAAAGUCCACCGCGGGAUUGGUGGUCUACGCCGUGAUUGUCGGCUUCACCACUGGAACCAUUAUUUCCGGUGGCUCGACAGCUUUGACGCUCUGCAUCAAGAGUCGUCAGGAUAGUGGUACCCUCCUGGGAAUGGCACUGGGCCUUAGUUCCAUUGCUGCUUUGAUCGGUCCUCCUGUGAGUGGAGCAUUCGUGCAGCACUACGGCAGCUUUGCCCAGAUGUCUAUUUUCAGCGGCGUGAUGUGUCUGGCUGGUGGCUUCAUUGCAUUUGCGGCGAAGUCGACUACUCCCCAUGGCCUGCUCGGGAGAACUUGA